UCGCGUAAAUUCAUUCAAAACAUAAAUUUUCCAACGAGUGCUCGUAUAUAUAGGUGGUAAUACAGUGUUUCGCGAAAGUUGUAAUUUUAUCGUCAAACGCGUUAAUUUAUUUCUGAUAACUGCAUUAACGCUUUCAUUUCCUAUUUUUUUUUCAAUUUUAAAAAUUUCAAUCGAGAUCGCGGAAGGCGGAAAUAAACACGCGGUUAUGCCGGUAAUUCCAGGGCAUUCGUCUCAAGAGAAUAGAAAAGCGACCUUUUUCGAUUCGCAAAUGAACAUGUUCGUCGUUUUCGGUGUCGUCUUACUUUUAUGCGCAUCCAUUACACAUGCUGCACCCGCCGGUGACGUCCUCCCUGCCGAUGCUGUUAUCAAUGGUACAAGUACCAAUGUUCCAGAAAUAAAUUCAACGACAGAGUCCACAACACCCGGAAUAAAAAUUUGCCAUUACAGGACACCUUGUGGUUGGGCUGUUUACAAUCGAAUUUCGAGAAAUAUUGAUUUCUUCAUGAAAAAUACUUGCGAAUGUCCAUCGGAUAAAACUUGCGCCCAAGGAGAAGAUAACUUAUCAGUUGGAGCCUACGUUUAUCAUUGUGAAGAUCCACCACCACCAACACCACCCAGAAAAUGGCCGACUACCCCAAUUUACUAUGAAGAUUAAUUGAUUUUCUCAAGGAUAUUUGGAUUGUACAUAUGUUGAGAGUUACCGUGAUGUUUUUUUCAUCUUUUUACUUUUUUUUUUGUUGUAACAUUUAAAUGAAUUAAAAUUAACUUUUCUUAUUUAAUAUAGGUAUUAGGUACCUAUCAUAAUAAUUUAAAAUUAAAUUAAUUUCAUUAAUCCUUUAUUAUUUAUUCACUAUUUAAUUAAGAUUUAUACGCAUUUAUAUUUUUUACUGAAAUUCAUUUAAUUACCUAUACGUACGUAUUAAGUAUUUACAAAGACUGAAAUCUCAAUUAGAAAUUCAUAAUUAUCGGUGUUAAUUUCACGUUCAUUUCGUUAAAUUUGCAAUUCACGUUUAGUAAUAAGAUCCUCUCUUUUUUUUUAGUGUAAUACAAUUAAACAAAAUUGUCAUAAUUUCAAAAUAAAUACCUACAUAAAUAUAGAAAAA